CUACCCACGUGACACCAACACAUGUGUCCUUCGUCCUCCCAGAAAUACUUCCUUAUUCCUGCAGACGUUCCACACGUUUUUCAGAAAUUAAAGGUAGCUCGUUUUUCAAACAAAGUGACAAUGCCAAAAGCCAAAAAGAAAAGUAAAAGAAACACGUUUGAUUACAGUAAAGACAGAAAGAAACUGAAAAAGCAGUUUAAGAAAAGGGAAGCCCCGAGAAUUGAGUGGUAAGUCGAAUACUGAUUAUGAAAAACAGUCGAUGCUAGCAAUGCUAACUCCAUGUUCUAGCGAGCUGUGAUGCUGACGUUAUGUUUUGUCUGUGUGGUUGAACUAGCUAGCCAGCUAACUUUACUAUAACAUGUUAUCUGGUCUAUUCCCUUGUUUGUUAUCAAUGGUUGUCAAGCUGGUGAAAUAACAUAAGCUAGCUUGCUAACGUUAGCUACUUGCUUUGUGCCAGGGCAGGGCGUCGUUUGGCUGAACAUAUUUGAUUCGUAACAUGAAUUGUUUGGCCUAGUGACUGGCAGCGGUCGGCUUCAAUAUACUUUAUUAACUCACCAAAGUAAACAUAUUGGUAGAGACAGUACUGAAUACCAUUUGUCUGUAUACGCAAGGUGGCGACUUUUCUGAGCAAGUUGUAACCGCCAGACUAGUUCUGGUAGAAUUUAUAUUUUACCCUUAUUUUACCAGGUAAGUUUAUUUUCAAGUUUUAAUGUCACAUGCACAAGUACAGUGAAAUGCCUUUCUUGCAAACUCAAAAUCCAACAAUGCAAUAGUCAAUAACAAUGUAUUACUAUAUUUUUUCCAACAAUUGUUUACAGACAGAUUAUUUCACUUAUAAUUCACUGUAUCACAAUUCCAGUGGGUCAGAAGUUUACAUACACUAAGUUGACUGUGCCUUUAAACAGCUUGGAAAAUUCCAGAAAAUGAUGUCAUGGCUUUAGAAGCGUCUGAUAGGCUAAUUGAUAUUUGAGGUGUACCUGUGGAUGUAUUUCAAGGCCUACCUUCAAACGCAGUGCAAAGAGCUUGACAUCAUGGGAAAAUCAAAAGAAAUCAGCCAAGACAUCAGAACAAAAAUUGUAGACCUCCACAAGUCUGGUUCAUCCUUGGGAGCAAUUUCCAAACGCCUGAAGGUACCACGUUCAUCUGUACAAACAAUAGCACGCAAGUAUAAACACCAUGGGACCACGCAACCGUCAUACCGCUCAGGAAGGAGAUGCGUUCUGUCUCCUAGAGAUGAACGUACUUUGGUGCGAAAAGUGCAAAUCAAUCCCAGAACAACAGCAAAGGACCUUGUGAAGAUGCUGGAGGAAACAGGUACAAAAGUAUCUAUUUCCACAGUAAAACAAGUCCUAUACUGUAUCAACAUAACCUGAAAGGCCGCUCAGCAAGGAAGAAGCCACUGCUCCAAAACCGCCAUAAAAAAGCCAGACUACGGUUUGCAACUGCACAUGGGGACAAAGAUUGUACUUUCUGGAGAAAUGUCCUCUGGUCUGAUGAAACAAAAAUAGAACUGUUUGGCCAUAAUGACCAUCGUUAUGUUUGGAGGAAAAAAGGGAAUGCUUGCAAGCCGAAGAACACCAUCCCAAUCGUGAAGCACGGGGGUGGCAGCAUUAUGCUGUGGGGGUGCUUUGCUGCUGUAGGGCCUGGUGCACUUCACAAAAUAGAUGAAAAUUAUGUGGAAAUAUUGAAGCAACAUCUCAAGACAUCAGUCAGGAAGUUAAAGCUUGGUCGCAAAUGGGUCUUCCAAAUGGGCAAUGACCACAAGCAUACUUGCAAAAUGGCUUAAGGACAACAAAGUCAAGGUAUUGGAGUGGCCAUCACAAAGCCCUGACUUAACUCCUGAGUGGCGCAGUGGUCUAAGGCACUGCAUCGCAGUGCUAACUGUGCCACUAGAGAUCCUGGUUCGAAUCCAGGCUCUGUCGCAGCCGGCCGCGACCGGGAGACUCAUGGGCGGCGCACAAUUGGCCCAGCGUCGUCCAGGGUAGGGGAGGGAAUGGCCGGCAGGGAUGUAGCUCAGUUGAUAGAGCAUGGCGUUUGCAAUGCCAGGGUUGUGGGUUCGAUUCCCACGGGGGGCCAGUAUAAAAAAAUAAAUAAUGUAUUCACUAACUGUAAGUCGCUCUGGAUAAGAGUGUCUGCUAAAUGACUAAAAUGUAAAUGUAAAAAUCCUAUAGAAAAUGUGUGGGCAUAACUGAAAAAGCGUGUGCGAGCAAGGAGGCCUACAAACCUGACUCAGUUACACCAGCUCUGUCAGGAGGAAUGGGCAAAAAUUCACCAAACUUAUUGUGGGAAGCUUGUGGAAGGCACCCUGAAAUAUUUGACCCAAGUUAAACAAUUUAAAGACAAUGCUACCAAAUACUAAUUGACUGUAUGUAAACUUCUGACCCACUGGGAAUGUGAUGAAAGAAAUAAAAGCUUAAAUAAAUCAUACUCUCUACUAUUAUUCUGACAUUUCACAUUCUUAAAAUAAAGUGGUGAUCCUAACUGACCUAAGACAGGGAAUUUGUACUAGUAUUAAUUGUCAGGAAUUGUGAAGAUCUUUAAAUGUAUUUGGCUAAGGUGUAUGUAAACCUCCGACUUCAACUGUAUAUACAGGAAAUAUUCUAAGUCAGAUCCAAUACCAUAUUUACAUGUGCAGGGAUACUGGAGUGAUGGAGGUGGAUAUGUAUAGGGGUAAGGGGACUAGGCAACAGGAUAUACGAUAAACAGAGUAGCAGCAGCUUGUAUGUGAGUGGUAUGUAGUCAGUAUAAAUGUAUGUGCAUAUUGUGUGUGUGUUGGAGUGACUGUGUGUGUAGGGCCCUGUGAGUGUGCAUAGAGACAGUGGAAACAUCUAGUGGAAAGCCUUCCCAGAAGAGUGGAUGCUGUUAGCAGGAAAGGGGGGACCAACUCCAUAUUAAUGCCCAUGAUUUUGGAAUGAGAUGUUCGACAAGCAGGUGUCCACAUACGUUUGGUCAUGUAGUGUAGCUUGCAUUGCAGAGCAGCUAGCUAGCUAAAAGCUAGGCUAUGUUGAAGAUACCAUUGUAGCUAGCGACCUCCACCUAAUAAUUAUCAUCAAAAACAAACAUCAUUACCAUCACAAUGAACUUAAAGGGGAGGCAAGUCAUAGUAUAAUUGGCUUAACAGCCAAUGUGUAUUAUUUAACAUUACAUUACUAUUAUAUUAAUGAUAAUUGUUUACAAGAUGCUAGCUAUCCCAUGACGCCAUCACCGAUUUAUAGUGCAGAUCCGACACGUGUGUGGACCAAAGCAUGUCUGGCGCUAAACAAAGUGCUCAUGGCAUACAUAAUACAUCACAAGACAUACAAUACCCACUUAUCAGAAAUGUAUGAUCUAGCAUGAGUAAAUGGCUAUAGUUGUGUAACUAAUUGUUUAUUUCAAGUCAUCAGAUCCGAAAUGCCUGGAGUGACAAGAAGUCUGUGGCAAGGAACUUGCGAGACAUGGGUCUGGCAUUUGACCCUAACCGUGCCCUCCCAAUUAAGACACAGACCGUGAGUAUAUCCUGUCCAUCAUGGUGAUAUACUAUACAUUCACAAGUUAUGGGCUAAUCUCUUAGAGUGAAUUGUGAUGUAUAAUUGACAUGUCUGCAGUUUGCUGCUGUGGAGAAAACUGAAGAAGCUCCCACCCUCAAAUUUGUAAGGAAGCCAUACGUUCUCAAUGGUAAGGAACCAUUAAUAAUUUAUUGUUACACAAAUCAACAUGUGUUUUUUGUGUUAUUUACAUAUACAACGCUUCACCUAUUAGAUUUUAUUAGAAGAUCUGUUCACGUAGACUCAUGCAUGACGACUUGUUUUCAACAGAACUUGUGGCAGAGGCGAAUCUCCCAGAGAAAGACACAAAGACCUUAUCCACAGACUUGAUCGAGUACGUGCAGUACAUGGUCAGGGAACACAGCGAGAACUACAAGGUAAGUACAGCUGAUGAGGAAUUUCACCUCACCUAACUUGAUCAUCUCUGUACAGUAGUAUUUCACAAAGGAUGGGCUGGUAUUCCUGUAGUUGCAGUUUAUUGCAGCGGAGUCACUGACCACCUUCUGGAGACACUUGAAACCCUACCUCUUUAAGGAAUACCUGGAAUAGUAAUCCUUCUACCCCCCUUUACUACCACUGUCUUUUGUCUAAACUAACACCUGACUUAUUUCACCUGCUAGCACUGACUUGUUCAAAGAAAUGUACUUAUUAUGAUCGAGAUGUAGUUGUCCCUGAUUGCACUGACUUUGCUCACAGCUGCUUGUUUGAAGAAGUGUACUUACUGUGAUCAAGAUGUGGUUGUCCCACUGGCUAUCCUAAAUUGAAUGCACCAAUUUGUAAGUCGCUCUGGAUAAGAGCGUCUGCUAAAUGACUUAAAUGUAAUGUAAAAUGUAUUGCCUUUGGGUCAUGGCAAUAAGUACUGUAUGUUCUUAUGGGUAUUGAGACCACAUUUGUUUUAUCCCAACCUAAUUUCUGCUUCUGUAGGCUAUGGCCAGAGAUGAGAAGAACUAUUACCAGGACACGCCCUCACAGAUCAGGAGGAAAGUGGACCAGUAUAAACGCUGCCAUCAAGAGGAAUACAACACCUUCGUGGAGUCUCUCAAAGGUGGGAAACCUGUUUCCACAUAACUGGGCCUGUCUGUGGUGGUCAAAGACUUUCAGUGUAGAGAGGGAGAUUAUUCCUCUCCAUCAGUGGAGGCAGUCUGGGAGCGCUGACUCACAAUUAUUCUGUUUCUUUGAUGGACAGUAGAGGGAGUCAUGGUGCACUCAGCAACUCUCCUUCAAUCAGAAUGGAUGGUAAAUUGGGAUUUUAGGAACUGUAAACAUUUUAGAAAAAGACCAGACACAUUUUCAACAUGCAUAAAAUCAAACACUUUAUUAUAUUUGUUCAUACUUCCCGUAUGUAUCCCAAAAAUAGUUACACAAAUUCCAUACAGUAAGAACAUUUAAGACUGCUUUUGUAAUGAAGUGAACAUGUAUAUUUGUAAGGGGAAAUUCCACGGUAAGAGUGAUGGUGAGACUAAGAUUUUUCACUUUAAAGUGCAUGCCAAACAAAAACCA